AUGCCUUCAUUCGUCAUCGAUCAGCCUCUGCCCGUCAUGGAGUCCAAGGAGUCUGACCAGUGGAGUUCCGGAAUCUGUGACUGCACCGAUGACAUGGCAGAAUGCUGUUUUGGAUUCUGGUGUUGUCCCUGCCAUGCCUGUAUACAUACAAGGGAGUACGGACCGUGUCUUUGUCUCCCUCUGCUGGACAUCUUCGGCAUCAUCCCACCCGUCACAAUGUCCAUGAGGGUGACCAUGCGCCAGCUCUACGGCAUCAAAGGCACCAUCUGUAACGACUGUGUGAACGCCACCUGCUGCAACUGCUGUGUCUGGUGCCAGAUGUCCAGGGAGAUGAAGAGCCGCAUCAUCCCCAUUGUCCUGGUCAGUGCUAGGAAGUAG